UUUGAUUAAUUUAUGGAAUCGUUUCCGAGAUCCUAGCGCGAAAUCUUUACGACUGUUUUUAUAUAUGGUCUACAGAUCCAGACCUAUACCUUUCUAACCUACACAAGAGAUAGAUGAAUACAGUAGGAGAUUUUCAGGCUCAUGGGAGUUCAUUGAUCUCUCAACAAGAUUCAGAGAGAACAUUGUAUCCAUAUGUGACAGGUACAUCUGUUAUUGGCAUCAAAUAUAAGGAUGGUAUAAUCAUGGCUUCUGACAUGGGAGGUUCCUAUGGUUCCACAUUGCGCUACAAGGGCAUUGAGCGGCUGAAGCCUGUGGGUAAACAUAGUCUUCUUGGGGCUAGUGGAGAAAUCAGUGAUUUCCAGGAGAUCUUACGCAAUCUUGACGAGCUUAUCCUAUAUGACAACAUGUGGGAUGAUGGGAACUCACUUGGUCCUAAGGAUGUUCACAACUAUUUGACUCGAAUGAUGUAUAACCGCCGUAACAAGUUCAACCCACUAUGGAACUCACUCAUACUAGGGGGAGUGAAAAAUGGGAACAAAUAUCUUGGAUCUGUUAGCAUGAUAGGCGUUCAUUACGCGGAUGAUCAUCUUGCUACUGGGUUUGGGAAUCAUCUUGCUAGGCCAAUUCUCCGUGAUGAAUGGCAUGAGAACUUAUGUUUUAUGGAUGCUGUGAAGUUGCUAGAAAAAUGCAUGCGUGUUCUUCUUUAUCGUGACAGGUCUUCUAUCAACAAGCUUCAGAUGGCAUGGAUAACAGAAGAAGGGGUUACUGUUUCUCCUCCAUACGCGCUGAAGACGUUCUGGGAUUUUGCAUCUUUUCACAAUCCAACUGCAGCUGCUGAGGGCUCAUGGUAAGAGUAAUAAUAAUAAUAAUGGAGCAAACAUAAAAGUUGUUCUAUGUCUGAUCUGGGCAAGCAAUUUCAAUAUAACUUUCUUCAUUUGCUAUUAUAUUUAAUUGGAUGUAACAUUAAGUCAAGAACUGCUUUGUUAAGUACUUGUAGUAUGCCAGAAGAGUUUGAUAU